CCCUGGAAGGAAAUGUAGGCACGCGCGGAACGGAGCAAACCGAUCGAACCCUCGCGCGUUCUCACACUCAGGAACGGAAACUAAUUAUAAUAAAAACAAUAAUAAUAAUAAUAAUAAUAAAAGGAAAAAUCAUGAAGGUGUCGAGUAUCGACGGCCGGCGCCUGAAGAAGCUCCUGCGUAAGGAGAGCGGGAAGUGUUUGGUCCUGGACUGCAGGCCGUACCUGUCGUUCUCCAGCUCGAGCGUGCGCGGCUCGGUGAACGUCAACCUGAACUCGGUGGUGGUGCGCAGGUCGCGCGGUGCGCCGGUGCCGCUGCGCUUCGUGGUGCCGGACGAGCAGGCGCUGUUCCGGCUGCGUGAGGGCGGCGUGUCGGUGGUGGUGGCGCUGGACGAGCGCACGCCGCAUCUCCACAAGCUGAAGAAGGACAGCGUCGCGCGCCUCGCCAUCCACAGCCUCGCGCACCUCGCCAGCUGUGCCAACAUCUGCUUCCUCAAGGGAGGCUACGAGAGCUUCCACACUCACUACCCUGAGCUGUGCACCGAGGCCAAGUCCUCUCAGGAACGCAGCACCCCGGACCCCGAGGAGGUCCAGCCCGGGGCAGAUUACACUCAGGAUGGUCCAGUGGAGUUGUUGCCUUUCCUGUACCUGGGCAGCGCUCACCACGCGCGCCGCCACGACUGCCUGAGCGAGCUGCGCAUCACGGCCUUGUUGAAUGUGUCGCGGCGGGACUGGCAGUGCGCCGGGGGGCCGCAGCGCUACAAACGUAUUGCUGUAGAGGACAGUCACACGGCCGAUAUUGGCUCACACUUCCAGGAGGCCAUUGACUUCAUAGACGAGGUAAAGCGAGAAGGCGGAAAGGUGCUGGUGCACUGCGAGGCGGGAAUUUCACGCUCGCCCACCAUCUGCAUGGCGUACCUGAUGAAGACACAGAGGCUGCGUCUGGAAGAGGCGUUCGACGCCGUGAGGCAGCGGCGUGCCGUGGUCUCGCCCAACUUCAGCUUCAUGGGCCAGCUGCUGCAGUUCGAGAACGAGGUCCUGGCAUCAGCGGUGGACAGCAAUAACGAGAACGACGACGCCGACAAGCACAAGGGCGGCGAGUUCGCGAUCGACCAGAGCUUCGGGUCGUCCGUUUUCUCCUUCCCUACCUCCUUCCUGGCGCCCAUCAAACUCAGCCCCAUCGCCUCCCUGACUACUUGAAAUGUAAAGGAGUUAAUAAAACAAUGUAGCUGAAGUCAUAUUUUUGUCCAACUUUGCUAAAAGGCUUUUCGGUUCUCUAGCUAGCUACCAGGAUUAGCCGACAUUUUGACUAGUUAGAAUGCGAGAUGAACUGCUACCUACAUAGAGUGGCAAUUAGCUAGCAAAGGAAUUAAGUCGUCAUGUGGUUCGCUGUCAUGUGGUUCGCUACAUAUGCAGCAUGAACAUAUGAACAAAUUAGCGUGUUUUUUAGAAAGGAAAUUAUCAAUUUCCUCCUCAAGUCUGCACUGAUGGUCACUCGGUCUCCCUCGUCCUCCACAAGCUCGGCUGACAAACUUUACCUAAUUUAAUGAAGCACUGGAAAAGCUGUUGGGACGGGAGCGGGCGUCGGGUGGCGAAGUGACGUCGAGUAGAACUCGACCUCUGAUUGUGUUUUGAAAGACUGCAUGGACGUGUUGGAGUGGUUUUUUUUGUUCUUUUUUUAAUGUGGUGUUUUGCCUUAGAACAUACUGCAAUACAAGCCUCAGUUUAAUGAUCAUUCAUGACAUGACACUCGAAGGCUUUUCACUUUAAUUUAUUGAUUUUUUUGUAAAGAUUUUUUAACAAAUGUGAAUGUGAUAAUAAAUGUUUUGUACUAAAA